UUCGCAGGCGAAUGGCACUGCAAUUUAUUUUCUGUAUUCAGUUUCAGCUUUGCUCCAUUAAAACUGCAAGAAACCUAACCGCAAUGCAACAGAUCAGCUAGGCAGUUUUUAGUGAAGUAGGAUACAUACCGGGGCUUGCGAAAGGACGCCAGUGAAAUGUCACAGGCCGCAUCCACGACACAGAGUGCAGCUGCAGCCCCCGUGGGCGUCAGCAGACGCCCACUGGCCAACGAAGUUAUCGGGACCACAAUGUCGGCUAGAUACGGAGAGACGGAAUGGGAGGCACGUGAGUCCCAGAGGCAAAGGGAACUUCACGAAGCUCGAGCCAGGGCGGCGCAAAUGGAGAAGACAAUGAAGUGGUGGUCCGAUUGCACAGCCAACUGGCGGGAGAAGUGGAGUAAGGUCCGCAACGAGCGGAAUAAAGCCCGGGAGGAGUCCAAGCAAUUAAGCCUCAAACUGGACGGCGCGAUGAAGGAGGCUCACUCCCUAAAGCGGGAGAAAAACGAUCUCGAGCUGCAGAUCACGCAGUUGAAGAAGGAGAUGGAGAAGGUUCACUCGCUAAUGAUGAAGCACGCCGGCCAGUUUCAUCGUGCCGACACCAGCGAGGAUGCUGAGGCCAACGGACGGGACGCGAACUGCUCGCCGGACAUCUCAUCGGAUGGUUUGAAAAAUGUCAAUAGCGAGGAUGGCUUGGUCACCAAGUUGCCCAACGAUGUCAAGGAUCUGGACAUCGAGGAGUUUGCCCUGAAAGGGGCCAUGCCCAAGCAUCUGACCGAGUUGGAUGAGGCGGCAGCUGCAGAGGAAAAGCGCCUGAUUCAGCAAUUGUCCAAGGAUGACUUUGACGAGGACUACUUGCUGCAGAAAAUAUCUAUGCUCCAGUUGCGUCUGGAUGAGGCUCAGAAAACUCUACAAGCGGAAAGGGAUGAAAAGCUGGAGCUGCACAAGAGCAUUGAGAAGCUGACGCUGGAGAUUCAGGACGUGCGGGGACGUCAGGAGGAGAUGCGAUCGGCCAAACAGGAGGCAGUGCGCGAGCUUCUAACUCUUCAGGAGCAACACCGCGCUGAGAUGCGUAUCGUUAACAACUCAUUACAGGAGGAGAUUGCCGCUCGUGAGAAUCUGGAGCGUCGCCUCACGGAACUUCGCACUGAAUUGGAGCAUCUUCAGGCGGAGAACGCAUCCGAAUGGGGCAAGCGCGAGCGCCUAGAGUCCGAGAAAUUGGCAAUGGAGCGGGACAACAAGAAACUGCGUGCAGAACUCCGGGACUACCAAGAACGAUCCGACCGCAAGUGCCGACCUAUGCAAGCAAAUGACGUUGAGCUGCGGGCAUUGCAGCAAGAACUUUCUGAGCGCAACAAAGAGAUCAGCGAGGUGAAGAUGUCGCACGCCAAGCUAAAGAAGCUGCUGGCAGAAACAAACACCGAGCUGGGUCACGCAGUACGCCGUGCGGAGCAGUAUGAAGCGGAGGUCAAACGCCUUCGGCAGCGCGUGGAGGAGCUAAAGCGGGAAUUAGCUGGCGCGGAGGACGAACUGGAUUCGGCAGUGAACCAAGUGAGACGAUUGCAACGCUCCAACGACGAGCUUGUGGGUCAGACCGAGGGCCUACAGGUGCAAAUACAGCACCUUCAGAACAGACGCGCCCCGAGUCCCCAGCUGCGGGGAAUGGGCGGGGUGCAGUUGAGGAACAAGAUCGCCGUGGAGCUGCCAAACGAUUGUCUGCCGAACAUCAACGAUCUGCGCCAGAUUUUCGAUGACUCACAGGCGUGUUUGAGGAGCUCCCACAAUGGCAGCGAUGCAGCUGUCCACCAUGCAGCUUCUGUCAAGAGAUCCAGUCACACGGAACGGACGCUUCUCCAGCAGCAGCAGAGCAGUGCAGCGGCAUCCGCGGCGGCUGCGGCAGCGGCAGCAGCGGCGUUUUUCGAUGCCAAGCCCACGCACCUCGAGGAGAAUAUAUUUGAGUCAAAAUCCAGGAACUUGGAGUUCGAGCGAGCCAAGCAGAAAUUCGAUAAUCCACAUGGGCAACAUCACCACCAUCAUCAGAGGCAACGAUCCGGAAAUGGACGAUAUGGAAGCGCAGGAAGCAAUGCCAGUCGGGCGAAUCUCGCUCUGCCGUUAAAGGGAAUGACCAACUUAGGGAGCAGCUCCGCUUCCAGCAAAGAUGAGCUGAACCGGCAACUGUAUGAGAAGGAGCAGUCCGCAGGUGCGGGGUAUGCCAGGAACAGCAUUAAUCUAGACGGUCUCAAAGUGUCCGACGAUGAGACUCCGUAGCUAUGGUUCGACAAGUUUGCUGCUGGAUGAGGAGACCGAGGGCAACAGCGAUUAAUAUGCAAACCAAGACAUUCGGGGACAGUAAUGGUAUUAAACAUUUAGUAUUAAUUUUAAAGCAUGCGCAAGUACUUUAAUGUUGGUAGAGCAACAGUCCCGAAUAUUAUCCGCAUUCCUAGUUUUUAUUUGGGUCUGUUACCAACUGGUUCCUUAGUUGUUACAUAAGUUAGUAAUAACUAUUGCAGAAGUAUAACACGUAUUUUAAAAUAAUGUAUACAUUUUACAAAUACUUGCAAAAUGUGUAACUAAUUCCCAUUCUCAGAUCAUUAGUUAGCCUUCUAAGAGUUAUAUUUAUAUUUCAAUAAUAUUCCAUGUAUUUUAAGAAUAACUUUUUUAAUGCUUUCGCUGGCCAUAUCUUUAUGAGCUUAACUCACAGAUAAAUCUGUUGUAGGGAUCAGAUUUCCUUAAAACACCUUCAUUGUCAUCAUAAACCCUGCCUUUAUAAAAAGAUUAACACUUAAUAAUAGAUAUACCGACUUAUAAUACGUAUUGGAGCAUAUUACAGGUUCAAUGUUUGUGGAACCCACAUUUGGUGCCAGAAAUUUAAAGAAUUUUAACAAAGCAUAUUGAUUAGCUGCUAAUCAUUAAUCGGCAUUAAUUUAUAAUUUACAAAAUAAACAAUUCUCACAUUUUGAGAUUUGUGUGGCUGCCUAGUCCGAAACUCUUUUAUUUUUCAAAAGUUUAUCAAUUUUCAGCAGCGUAGUGGAUCUUAUACAAAAUAUAUAUUAACAAAUUGAAAUUCGGAAUAUUUACGUAAUAUAAUAUAGCAAUAUUAGUAUUUUAGUUAUUAAUUAAUAACAAAUUAUUAACUAUUAAAAAUAUAUUAAAUACAAAUGAUAUGCCAAUAAACGUAGCAUGUUGCGAGAUAAACAUA